ACUCUGCUCUUCAAAUGCGCGCAACGUACAAGACAAGAUACCACCUGUUUUAACCUUAGUUGAAUUUCGUCUCUUAUUAGAUUUCCUAGGAGGCCCAAGUUACUCGUCCAUAUAAACGGCAAAUCUGUCGUCAUGCUUCCAUCUGCCCACAGCAAGUCACUGGAUGUGAAACUGACGAUGUUCCCUUCUCGGUCUUUGGCCAUUAAUUCAACUGGUUUAUACAAAAAACGCACCCUCUGUCAGCAGGCGAUAGAGUUUUCGGCGAGCUGAUCCUUUCGUAUCAAAGGCCCUUAGACUAAUGCCUCGAUUAAAUACGUCUUCAAGUUCGUCAUCUCUUUUAGUAGCUAAAUUUAUUUUUCGUCGCAAAUUCAUAAUGGAAUUUCACCAAAAAAUGUAAUUUUUGUUUUCGAGUUAGCAUUUUGACAGGAGCAUUGCUAUGCGGUAAUCCUCAUUCUGCUAUUAGGCUCUGGACGUACCAAAAAAUGAGGCAAUGAUGGCCCCCACGCUAGAUCCUGAUAUUACUUUUGGCAGCAAUUUAUUUACAUACAAAACUUUAAGAACUCCAAGAUGAUACAUGCCCAGAGUUGCACCUCCGGAGAGGCAUAAUGCUGACCUUCCUUUUCUAUCAACAAUUUGGUACCUAUUCGACAGGCUGUGUGUAGUCUUGGAUCGCCAAUUCCACUGAUAUUUCGGACCAAGCAAGCGCGAAGUUGUCUUUUCAGUUCAUAUACGUCGUCUGGGGAAAUCAUCAAUGCUGAUAAAGAAAUUAGUCUUUUCCUGAUGCCAACAUAGUCAUAUAGAUUUGACUGAGGAUUUUUCUUCCAUUCAUUCAUUCCUUCAUAUGUUUGACAAGCGACAAUGCAAAAGAGUUAAUGCUUUUGAAAGAUCAAGCAAGGUUCGACUUUAGUUUUUUGAGGUUUUGGAUGACAUGUGAACUGGUAUAUAUUCGUGUAGUUUCUAAAAGACGCACCUGUUUCUUCAUCAAUCAAGUAGGCUAUUCUUUUGAAUUCAUUAUAACUCGAGCAAGAACUAAGCUGGUUUUCUAACGACCGACUCCUAUUUUUCAGUGACGUGACUUCCAGAAGUUUGGACAUCAAAUAGCUCUGGAAGUUUAAGUGAGGGGGUCAGUUUUUAUUGGCUGAAAAAUAGUCCAUACACAUGCUGAAACAACAAUUCAAAAGAGAAAAAAAGGUUAUGCAGAACAAUCCUUUCUUUGUGCUGCAUGCACUAGAACUAAAUGCAAACAUGUCUCGAGAAUGAUGUAUGCAAAUAUCAUUGUUAAAUGUGUAGUUCAUGAUAGAGAGGGUGGUUGCAUGGGAAGUGGUAAAACUGGGUCUCAUUUGAAAGUUGGCGCAACAUGAAUUUACUACAUUUAUAAUAAUUUUGUUGGUGUAACUAUUUAAGAAUUUGGAAUAGAAGAGGGGUGGUUGAGAAGUGGUACCCGCGGAUAAUGGAUAUGCAUACAGUAAUAUAUGUAUGAAGGUUGAAGAUAGACAACAUACCGGAAAUGGAGUCGCUGGCGGUUUUGAUUUUGAAGGGAGAAAGAGAAAUGUGCACAUAACAUUUGCCGAGAGACGAGGUACCGAUAUCAAAGUGCGAGCGUUUUAGAGGUUGGUAAGGGAAACGUAAAGGAAGGAUACGCAUAGGUUUUUUUAGAGGUGCAUUUAUGACGACAUCCGUUCUGGUAGCUGAUGGGUGCUAGAAAUUGACAAAAUGGGACGUAGUUGCACGAUGCUAACAACAGAGUACUCAGUAACGGUAUUUUAGAGUUGAAGAUAUGAGAUUGUGUUUUCACGAUUCUUCGAAUAUUCUGUAAUUUUGUGGAAAUAAAAAAUUGGAAACAGUUUUUUGGUUUUGAAAUGGCUAUCAAUUAUUUUCAGAUCAAGCGAAUUCUGGGAGUCAGUCUACGCGAUGAUGAACGAGGAUAUAUUCUAUUUUGAAGGUGAUAAGCAGCCUAUGAGCGAUUCUUUGACGCUCACUGGAGCGGAAGGCGCAAAUUAUAUUCAGGUUUCUUCAUCUGCCAAGCCGCUGUUAUUUGACAUCUCUUGGGAGGUGUGCAGAAAGGUAGGCGGCAUAUACACGGUGAUUACGUCCAAGGCGCAGAUCACGGUAAGCGAGUGGGGAGACAGAUAUGGUUUGAUAGGUCCUUAUUCUGAGCAGGCAUCCCACGAAUUUGAAGAGAUACCGCCGUCGACGCUGUCGACAGAUUUGAUAGAGUGUCUGAAGAGGAAGCAUGGAAUUAGGGUGUAUUUCGGCCGUUGGUUGGUCAAGGGGUAUCCUAGAGUUUUUUUGAUAGACAUUAAUUCAUCGAUGGAUAAGCUGGAUUACUGGCGUUCUAAGCUGAUGGGGUCGUUUUCUGUGAAUGAGGACGGCGAGACGAACGAGGCAAUUGUGUUUGGCAACCAAGUAGCUAUUUUUUUUCAUGAGUUUGUAAGGCUUGUAGAGAAUAGGCCAGUGGUUGCACAUUUCCAUGAGUGGUUGACAGGAGUAGGGUUGAUAUGCUUGCGCCAGUUGAACGUGAAAAUUGCGAUGAUAUUUACGACUCACGCGACUUUGUUUGGGAGGUAUUUGGCGGCAGGCCACGUAGACGUCUAUAACGUCAUCAAUCGGGUGAACCCCGACGAGGAGGCAGGGAGGAGGGGGAUAUAUCACAGGCAUUGGAUAGAGACGGGUGCGGCACGUGGUGCUGACAUAUUUACGACUGUGUCUGAGAUUACAAAUUACGAGGCGCAAUACGCGCUUGGCCGAGCGGCGGAAGUGAUAACGCCGAAUGGUUUGUUGAUAGAGAAGUUUGUGGCGCUUCACGAGUUUCAGAACCUGCAUCGAAAGAACAAGGAGAGGAUUAGCGAGUUUGUGGUUGGUCAUUUUUUUGGAAACUUAGAUUUUGAUAUUGACAAGACGUUGUAUAUGUUUACAGCAGGAAGGCAGGAGUACCACAACAAGGGAGUGGAUUUGUUCAUUGAGUCGUUGGCCAGGUUGAAUUAUCUGCUCAAGAAGAAUAGCAGGGAUAUUACAGUCGUGGCGUUUAUCAUUAUGCCUGGGAAAGUAAGCAAUUACAAUAUUGAGUCUAUAAAGGGUCAGAGUUUGCUUCGUGAGAUAAAGAAUUCGUGUGACAAGAUUUCGAAGAGAAUCAAGAACCGCCUUUAUAAUUCGUUGAUAGCAGGAGAGGUGCCGGAUCCGAAGGUUAUUUUGGGCCAGGAGGACAUGGUUAUCUUGAAGCGUCGAGUGCAGUCCGUUCAUCAGACUAAGAGCUUGCCACCCAUUGUGACACAUAACAUGGAAAGUGGAACUGACGAGAUUUUAGAGAAUCUGCGUCGAUGUGAUCUUAUUAACAAGCACGAGGAUCGGGUCAAGGUCAUAUAUCACCCUGAGUUUUUGAACUUGAACUCUCCGAUAUUUCCUAUAGAGUACGAUAGUUUUGUGCGCGGAUGUCAUUUGGGCGUUUUUCCGUCGUACUACGAGCCCUGGGGGUACACGCCGGCGGAGUGCACGGUGAUGGGUGUCCCGUCGAUCUCUUCGAAUCUGACAGGGUUUGCGAAUUACAUGGCGAGUUGCGGAGUCGACGUCGAGGAGCAUGGCGUGUAUAUCAUUGACAGGAGAGAGAGGAGUUUCGAUGAGUCGAAGGAGCAGAUGGUCGACAUUAUGUGGAAGUUUACGCAGUUGUCGAGGAGGCAGAGGAUAGAGUUGAGGAACAAGACCGAGAAGUUGAGUCACCUGUUAGAUUGGAAGUUGCUGGGCAGGUAUUACUACAAAGCGCGUAGAAUGGCGUUGAAGAAAGUGUAUGGGGUGGAGAUACCUAUGCCGAGUAUAUUUAGCAUCAGGAGGGGGUAUGAGGGGACCGGGAUAGAUGACGGAGUGGUGAUGUAGCGAGGUUGAGGAGAAA